GGUCUUCGAAAACAAAGUUCCUGUAUCUCACCCUGGUCCAAUGUAUAGUAUACUCCUACCCACUUAUAACGAAAAAGAGAACUUGCCAAUUGUGAUAUGGCUCAUCGAUAAGUACAUGAAAGAAAGUGGUUACGCGUACGAAAUUAUCAUCGUAGAUGACAACAGUCCCGAUGGCACAUUGGAUGCGGCCAAACAGUUACAAAAAAUUUACGGAGAGAGCACCAUCGUGCUGAAGCCAAGAAUGGCCAAACUCGGUCUCGGGACAGCCUAUAUGCACGGCUUACAAUAUGCCAAAGGCGAAUUCAUCGUGAUUAUGGACGCUGAUUUAUCACAUCAUCCUAAAUUUAUUCCCAAAUUUAUCGAACUACAAAAAGCGGGAAAUUAUGACAUAGUAACCGGAACUCGGUACUCCCUACACGGGGGCGUUAGCGGUUGGGACUUGAAACGGAAACUUAUCAGGUACCCUACUUCGCGACACAUUUGUCUUCUACUUGACUGA